AUUUCCACUACUUUUCUUUGUAAUUCGUAGUGUGGCAACCAUGACAAACAAAUUUUAACCGGCAAUUGUUUGUGGUACAUCAACUUCUUCUGUCAGUGUCAGUGUUAAUUUUGAGGCUUAAACCCAAAAAAGAAAUCGAAAAUAAUCACUUUCUAACAAGAAAAAGGGAUUUUAACCAAUACGUAAUCGUAAUCAAAAAAAAAAUCUUAUCAUAACCUCAAAACAUUUGAAGCGCGCUUUGAUUUCGAUUUAACCUCAAAAGAACAUUCCAGAAAAGCGCCAUGGAUAUUUCACCGAAAAAAGACGAAGGUGUUCUUAAAGAUAUCUUAACCCCUGGUGAAGGCGAUGAAACACCACCGCCAGGAUGUAAAGUACGCGUACAUUACACUGGGACAUUAUUGGAUGGAACUCAAUUUGAUUCAAGCCGGGAUCGAAAUCAACCGUUUGAGUUCGAUUUAGGAACAGGAAGCGUAAUAAAAGCAUGGGAUAUUGGAGUAGCUACAAUGAAAAAAGGAGAAAGAGCAAUGUUAACAUGCGCCCCACAAUACGCGUACGGCGAAGCGGGAAGUCCACCGAACAUUCCACCAAAUUCCACUUUAAAAUUUGACGUGGAAGUACUCAGUUGGAAAGGCGAAGAUCUCAGUAAAAAUAAAGACGGUGGAAUUGAGCGUUUUCUAAUCACGGCCGGUGAAGGGCAUUCAACUCCGAAUGAUGAAGCGUUGGUUGAUAUUCAUUUGGUGGGAACUCACGAAGGGCGCGUUUUCGAUGAACGCGAUGUUUCUUUUUGUCUUGGGGAAGGGUUAAAUGUAAACAUAGUGGAAGGGGUUGAAAAUGCAUUAGAAAGCAUGAAGAAAGGUGAAAAAUCACGGAUUAUUGUUAAAUCAAAGUAUGGUUUUGGUUCUAAUGGAUCUGAAGAGUUUAAAAUCCCUCCAGAUGCAACUUUGGAAUAUGUUGUUACUUUAAAAACGUUUGAAAAGGCAAAAGAAUGUUGGUCCAUGGAUAUUGAAGAAAAAAUCGAACAAGCAAAAUUAUUUAAAGAAAAAGGAACUAAUUAUUUCAAAGAAGGGAAACUUCAAUUGGCUGUUAAAAUGUAUAAAAAGGUUUUAUCCUAUCUUGAGUAUAAAGAAAAAGAUGGUCCUCAUGGAGAUGAACAAAAAUCUUUGUUAUUAUCAGCAAAUUUAAAUUUAUCUUUGUGUUACUUAAAAUUAAAUGAGCCAUUUGAAGCAAGAAAUUCAGCAACAUCAGCUUUGGAUAUAGACGAAAAUAACGAAAAAGCUCUCUUUAGAAGAGGGCAAGCUCAUCUAUCAUUAAGUGAGCCUCAAUUAGCAGCAAACGAUUUCGCAGCUUUGUUAAAAGUGGAACCGAAUAAUUCAGCAGCUAAAUCUCAAUUGGCUCAGUGCAAUAAAACGCUCAAAGAACAAUUGCAAAAAGAGAAGAAAAUUUACGCGAAUAUGUUCGAUAAAUUUGCUAAAAUGGAUACACAGAGGGAAGAGGAAGAAAAACGUAAAGAACCGGAUGUGAUGUCUUCUCUUGGCGAAUGGGGAAAAGAAGAUCGAGAAAGGGAACCAACCGAAUUUGAGAAGGAGAAUCCUAAUAUUCUUAUGUUAAAUGGAAGCGGAGAAUUCCAAGAUAUGUAAUUUUUAUCUUUUAAAUUGAAAAAAAAAACAUAUAAAAAAUGUGUUGUAUAUAACUUUAAAAGAUUAUAAUAAAAACUUGGGGUAAAAUGAAACACAAA